AAAACGUGCCGCUGAAGGCAUCCGGCAGCGGCGGACUUCUGGCUUGUUAUGAUCAGUACAACAGACACGCACAAUGUAUUCUGUUUUAAUUAACGCGGUGUUAUCCAGCUCACCUGAUUACGAUCUUCUGUUUGAAUCACUUUCCUGGCCGAGUGAGUCGUGGCCGGAGACGGAGCGGGUGGAGGCGCUCACGGCUUUCAUUGAAGGACUUGGACCACUUUUGACCGAGUCGGACUCAAACUCGUUUCCCGGUGCAAAACGACGCUGUGUUCUAGAUAAAAUUGAGUCGGUCAUUUGGACCAAAUGUCUGCCUUUCCUUUCCAGAAUUUCAGCUGAGGCAGGUGAAGGUGUGCGCUGCAGGGAGAGUGCAGCAGCCGCAUGCGGACUCCUGAGGGUCUGCGUGCCUCUCUGUAACCAGGCUGUGUGCAGGCGAGCCUGUCAGUCCAUCCUGCCUUCACUCCAUCUGUCAGAGGAAGAGCUGCCCUCUCCGGGAAGACUCAGUGUGGAGAUUACGAGUGAAGUCAUAGCUGCUCUUCUACCUUUUCUGGCAGGAGAUGAAGAGCUCACACACACCACAUUGUCUUCUACCCUCUCCUCCAUCAGGACCCUGCCUGAUGCACUGGUCUCCAAGCCAGUCAGGAUUAUCUUGACUCUGCUGAACUGCCUCAGCGGUGCGCGAUUAAAAAGCAUCCUUAAAUUGAUCCUGGAUGAUCUGAGCAGCUGGCACUCCACUGACCGCACUCCUGUGGUUACAGAGCGGACGCUCCUGUGUUUGACAGCCCUGUCAGACCACCUCCUUAAACCUUACAACCACCCUCCCUCCUCCUGCCGUGACCCCGACCAUCGUCUGCCCCUUCAGUUCUGGAGGGUGGUUCAGGAUGGACUGAUUCACAGAGACAGCGUGUCGCGAAAGAGGGCACUGUUUCUGCUGAAAAGGUGUGCAGCCCUGUCCGAGGGGGAUGGAUUACACUGUCCUCUUUCUGCAUCAAGGGAAGAUGAGAACUUGUUUAAAUGGGACCCCACCAAGAGCAAGUUGCUCAGAGAGUUCUGGGAGGAUUACGUGCUGGUGAUGGAGACUCUGGAGGAAAACCAAAUUCACGUGGUCCGACCAGUUUUAAUCAGAAUAGACACAUUGAUCCAAACAACAGCGAAUGAUACUGAAGGGCAAGGACUCUUCCACCCCUCCUGGCUGCUAUGCAUAUACCAGCGCAUGUUCCACAGUGAGAAUAAAUCCUUAAUGAGAGAAGGAGUGUGUCAUCUGCUUGAGCUCCAGGUUCUCCAGCAGCCGACUUUUGCUUUGGCUUUUUCUCAGUUCAUCGUUGGCCCCUUUAUGGAUGUUCUCGCUGAAGCAUCCCUUUUCCACAGGUCAGCUGGGCAGAGUGUAGGAGACUGUCCAGAACUUGGGGUUAAACUUGAAGUCUUUAUGACUACCUUCUUCAGUAGCCUGCCACCAGAGUAUAGAGGUUGUGUUUUACUUCAGUUGAUUCAGCAGCUGGGCUCUAAGCACUGGUGCGCAGUUCCCCUCCUCUUCCUCUGUCAGGCCCUGUCCAAGCUUCCCCCAGGUCCGCUGCUGGGGACCAGUGGGCUUACUGCUCUGAGAGAUGUCCUGCGCUGCACCAUGAUCACUCAUCAAGUCCUUUUGAGAGGAGCUGCCCAGUGCUUCCUGCUUAACAGUGCCCUCUCUCUCACAGUUGUGAGUGCAGUUACCCUGGAUGAUUUUUUUAGCUUCCUGAUGCAUUUCCGUGCGGACGAGUCACUAUGUAGAGGGACGCCGCUUUGGAAUCAGUUGUGUGCUUGGCUGUUGGAAAAUGAAAGCCACUUCAAGCCCAGGAAUGAAGACUGCACUGAUGCUUCUACGAAUGAGGAAAGUGUAAGAGCCUAUGUUCAAGCCGAGAUAGUCGCCUAUCUCCGAGUCCCAGCUAGCACAGGUCAGGCCGAGAGGUUACCUGACUCCAGAGAAGCCGAUAAAUUGGCCAGAGCCAUUCUGCUGUGCGUGGAUAUGGAGAGGAGUCGAUCUGGAGCGGAGAUCAGCAACACGCUGGAGUCACUUUUAUCUCCACUGCUGGAUACCCUGAGCAGAGUCAGCACUAAUAUCUACUUGCCUCUGCGUAAGAGCGACAAGAGCCUGCAGCUUGUGCUCAGACUGUUCCAACUCGGAGAAAUGCCAAAGAGUCAGCAUGUCGGAGCGCAGCAAGGGGACGGUGUGAUGGUAACUCUUGAGACGGCGAUUUUAAAACUUGUUGAUCCCAUCCAGGAGUUCAUCUUCAGGCAGCUGUGUGGGGAAUUGCAGGAGGUGUUCGAUGUUGAGCGAGCAGAGCUCUAUCUUUGUGUCCUGAGGAAGCUGGUUGUCGUGUGCAGCUCUGUGCCACAAUACUACAAUAGGAUUCCCCACAGUGGGUUCUCUAAACUAUUCAAGUACGGCCUCACAGUCCUGCGAGAACCAAACCAGGAGAUCCCCUCUUUAGCAAACCAGGUGAUUAGAGCAGUUACUAUGGCAUCCCUGGCCACGGUGUGUGGUCUUAUGGAGCAGGACGCGAUUGACAAGCGACCAGAGACUGUUUCUGCUCUGAAAUCACUGAAUGAAUACUUCUUCAGUCCAGUGCUGUCUUCCUCACACAGUCAGAUGUUUCUAGGAAAUGUCAGUCAGAGCCUACUGAAACCAGAGAGAGAUUGUUCAAGUGAUCUAGAAGCUCAAGAUCUGCUACAGGAUUGGGGACACAUCGCUGCCAACUUUGUGCGAGACCAGUGGGUUUGUCUGAAUUUCCUGAUUAAGGCUUUUGGAAUUCCUGAGUCUGCAGAAGCACCUGAGACUCUUAAGGCCGCUUUGAGUUGCAGUGUAGACGCCCUGGCUCUACUGCCCAGUGACUCAGUGCUCCCUGUGCUGACCUUCAUGGAGACAGUCCUGCCACAAUUAGUGCAUGAUGAAGAGGCCCUCUGUGUGGAGGCUGUGAGUCUGAGCUGGGAGCUGGUACAAGGUCUGAGCACUAAUGCCAAUGACUUCUGGCCAGCCCUUAAAGGCUUCAUCUCCAUGGCUUUUCACUCUAAACUGCUUCAACUGACACACGCUCAGACGCCGACUCUGAUGGCCACUUUGAAACAGAUCACCAAUAAUCUGAUGGAGUUGUCUCAGUCAAAGAGCGGAGUUUUUGGCAUGCUGCUUCAACACUGCUGUCAGAUGUGGCGGCCUGCAGAUGGAGGCAGCGGUAACCAGGCUGACACAGUGUUUUCUAGUAUUUUCAACCAUAUGAACAUCAUCACAGAGGCUUGUGUUUAUGGACCAGUGUUCAGGAGAGAUCAACGGCUCAUUCAGGAUGUCCAAAUAUAUGUGGAGCAACUUGGUGAAAAAUGUGCAGCUAAUGUUGCAGUAACAAGUGAUAACAGAGAUGAUCAGCUGCCCCGCACAUGUGCUUUGGCUUUCCUCUGCCACCUGGAUUCUUCUAAUCUCCAGCAUCAAAGGCUAAUGGAGGAGCUAGUUAUGGACCUGUUGAAAAAGGAUCGUGACAUAUCAAAGUCAAAAGUGCGUUACUACAGCAACUCCCUGCAGCAUCGUGUCAAAAACAGAAUAUGGCAGACGGUGAUGCUGUUGCUGCCCAAACUCAGAGAAGACUUUGUUGCCACUUUGUUGACUCAUGUGUUUGAAGCGGCAUUUUGCAGUAACCAGGCCUCAGUCAAGUAUCUGAUCGAGUGGAUGAUGAUUCUGAUCCUUGUCCAAUAUCCACAACACACUGAGAGUUUUUGGUCCUGCUUCAGCCUGGAUCAUGAAAAGACUAAGACGAGCGUCUGCACUUUCCUGUCAGUUCUUGUGCAUUUCAGUGUCAUCUUUCCUAAUCUUAAAGAUAAGGCAACGCAGUUGCGAAAAGCAUUAGAUGUCAUCCUUCAGUCAUGUUUUAACCAUAACUUCAGCGUACGCCUGUAUGCCUUACUGGCUCUGAAAAGGGUGUGGAGCCUGGCAGAAAACCAUGUAGAAGAGGCAGAUGGCUUAGGAGGGCUAUCCUCUGUGAUCAAGGCCUGUCUGAACCAGGCUGAAGCCAUGCAGAGCACCGGAAAUGCCAACAAAAACUGGACAAGGAUUCAGGAGCACUUCUUCUUCGGUGCCUUUCAUCCUGUCAGGGAUUACAGUUUUGAGACAAUUUUCUGUACGUUUCCCAGUCUGUCUGAGUUGGCUGAUGAUGAGUGGAUACCACCGUGGAAGUUUGAGAAACUGUCAUAUUUCUCAGAAAGUCCAUCUUUGCCUUUGAGAAAUCCUGCUCCUGACCUGAACCAGCUCCAGCCUGGAGACUGGAUCCAGCAAGACAGAAGUGAGCAGGAGAAGGAGGAACGCUGGGCUGAGGUGCAGAAGAAGAUCACCCCCUGGAGACUGGGCAUCCAGGAGCAGGAGCCUGAACUUCAGCUGGUUCCACCACAGAGGGCUGCUAAAUUGGGGAAACUGCAUGGUGCCUUGCUGGUUGUAGCCUCGCUUAUUGACAAGCCCACUAAUUUGGGAGGUCUUUGCCGGACUUGUGAAAUAUUUGGUGCCAGCGCUCUGGUUCUGGAUAGCCUCCGUCACGUUAAUGACAAAAACUUCCAGUCCCUGAGCGUCUCAGCUGAGCUGUGGCUUCCUUUGUUAGAGGUGAAGCCAGCGGAGCUCACUGAAUUCUUGCAGGUGAAGAAGAGCGAAGGUUACUGCAUUGUCGGAGUGGAGCAGACAGCCAACAGUCACAGCCUCCAGGACUACCAGUUCCCUGAAAAGACCCUGUUACUUCUAGGCAAUGAACGUGAAGGUAUUCCUGCUAACUUGCUCCAAAUGUUGGACGUGUGUGUGGAGAUCCCCCAACAAGGCAUCAUCCGCUCACUCAACGUGCACGUGAGCGCUGCCCUGUUAAUCUGGGAAUACACGCGACAGCAUCUCACCUUUGGCUCAACAGAAGUCGACUCUAAAAGCAGCUGAAGAAGAAACCAGAUGUGAAGACUGACUUGAUAUCUGCCAGCCGAUGCUGACCUUCCAUGCCGAUCUCUGAG